UACAAAACCUCUGCAGCAUCCCAGCUGAUGCCCCAACGCUCCGCUCCUAACCAAGAGGACAGACGCAAGAGCGAGAGAGAAAAUUUCCUCUGUUCCAUUCCAUCAGAGAGCGAGGAAGAGGAGGAGGAGGAGGAGUCAGCGAGAGAAAGUGAUGCUCCCUGCAGGUGCAGACAACUGAGAGGUAACCGACCCCGAGCGAUGGAGAGGAGUCUGUGAGAGCAGAAGAAGAGCUGUGAGAGAAACCCAACAACAGCCGGUGUAUUUUCAGUCGUGCUCCAGCUUUAUUUUCCGGUCCGUCCUCUCUGCUGCCAUGCUGUGUCCGGCGCUGCUGUGUGUCGCUCUGCUGCUGCUCUCACCUCUGGACAUCACAGAGGCUCGCGCUCUGCACCCGUCUCCUGACGCUGUGCAGUUCAUGGAGCAGUUUCUGGAACGCUACAAUGACCUUUUGACCCUGGACGACCUGGAGAACCUGUUGAACAGCCCGGCAGAGGAGCAGUCCACGCUGUCCUCGGGGGGCAAAGCAGCCGAGUACCCCAAAAAUGCUGAGGCGCAAACGCAGGCGGAGACCCCCUGGCUGCGACUGCUGAAGGGCGCUCUGGUCAAUCAGAAGCGAGCAGAGCCGGACCGCUCCCGGAGGGGCUGGAACCGGGGCUGCUUUGGGCUGAAACUGGACCGGAUCGGAUCCAUGAGCGGACUGGGCUGUUAGUGCGGAGACAUAAAGACUGAGGGAUCCUUCUAAGAGUAUUAUAAGGAAACACACACACAUGCUUCUCUGUCUCAUCCCAGCAGCUGUAGUUUAUUCCACGUAUUAAAGUGAGUAUUAUGUGAGCUGUAUUACAUCACAAGUCAUCUCUGAUUGUUGGGCUUUUUAUCUUAUAUUAUGUUUAAAGUAAAUUGGCACUUUAUGUAUUUCUGGCAUUUGUCUCCGUACAGUAAAUGUGAUUAGACGUGUUAAAUCUGUGGGGUGGGGGGGGACAUAGAUAUUCAAACACCUGUGAUUCCUGCUGAUUUUAUUUUUGUUUUCUUAUGAUUUGCAUGAAUAAAUGGAUUUGACAUUUAA